AAAUGACCGAUGAUUUACACAUCAACCAUGAAGCUAUUUAUAACUUUCUGUUGAAUAAUUUAAAUGAAAGAUUAUCCAUUGAAGGAUUCGCUUAUGAGCCAAUUAAGAUUGGCGGAGUAUACUGGACUCUUACAGCUAUAUCUCUAUUGAAGGGCAAGGUCAAUGAUAUUCUUCACCCGAAGCUUAACGUUCGGUUAGAAUCCAUUGCAUUGGAUAUAAUAGAAGCGUCGAAAAAUCCCGAUGGCGGUUUUGGCAACGGUCCCGGUCAUCCUUCUUCAAUUAUCGCAACUCACUACGCAAUUCUAUCCCUUGCUUUGCUUGGCAAGCAAGAUGUUAUAGAUAAGGAAUGUACUAUCAAGUACGUAUCAGGAUUACAGAAUCGCGAUGGCAGUUUCAACAGCGACCAUUUUGGUGAGGCUGAUGCUCGUCACGUAUACAGCGGGGUAAUAUGCCUAUCGGUAUUAGGUGGUUUAGAUACUAUUGACAUGAGCAAAACCGUUGAUUUUUUACUUAACUGCCAGAAUCCUAACGGGGGUUUUGGGUGGUACCCCGAAGGUGAGUCACACGGUGCUGCUACUUUCUGUUGCGUUGGAGCAUUGUCGGAGUUGGGUGCGUUACAUUUGGUUGAUACUACUGCUUUGGGUAUAUGGCUAUCAGAGCGGCAAACUCCAGGUGGUGGUUGUAACGGCAGGGCAGAGAAGGCUCCCGAUAUUUGUUAUUCUUGGUGGGUAAUAUCUGCAUUAACCAACAUUGGCCGAUCUGCAUGGUUUGACAAGACUAAGCUCACAGAGUUUAUUUGUCGUUCUCAGAAUAGGGACGAUGGAGGUAUAGCUUACUUCCCCGGUUACAUAGGGGAUGUAUUCCAUACAUUCUUUGCCUUAGCUGCUUUAUCUUUGAUUGAUCACAAGGGAUUUGGGCUUGAGCCUAUCCAUGCUAGAUACGCUACCACCUCCUAUGGUUUGGAAGGUUUGAUUAACUUGUCAAGUAAUUAAUA